GCAAUGUGAGACAUAUUCUCUUGUGGAAAGGCAUUCUUUCGGCAACCUCUAAAUUGGAAAGUCCUAUUUUUUAAAACACUUUUUGGAUCUCAAUCUAAAUUUUAAGUGAAACUACCACACUCAACAAAACCAAAAUGGAGCAAACUACUACGGAAAGAAAAGGACGAAACAGUUUUGCUGCUUUAAGAAAUAUAUUCAACGUAUCGAAGCCUGCUACCAAUGAUUCGAGUGACAAAUUGCCGAAACCCAUUAAAAGUACGUAUACAUCAACUUUAACUGAACCUUACAUUAACCCAAUCGUCCUCCCACCUAGAAUCAAUUAAAAAUACGAAUGGGAAUAAAAAUGAAAAGCUCAAUGAUCCCAACGUCGAACAAUUGGAUCCCGCAAUUCCUGCUGUGCAUUCGAAACCUCGCGAAGAAUUUGUGCCUGAGAAAGAAACUGAGACAUCUAAAGGAGAUUCGGAAUUAGUGCAGUCUGUAGAUGAGGCAUCCACAUUGGACAUUAACCCGAUUACAGACAACAGUAAAAAGGAAAACUUCACUGAAUCUAAUUUCGAGCAAUUAGAUCCUGAAAUUUCUGCUGCUCAUUCAAAAUCUCAUGAUGGAGAUCUUAAGCCUGAGAAAGAAACGCCGAAUAUACGAGAUACGGAACCAACGCUUAUUGAAAAUGAGGUAGCUACAACGGACAUUCACAAAGAAACGGAACCAACGGAGUUCACUACAGAAUCUGUUAUUAAAACAAUCGAAAGCCAAAAACAAUCGAAAGCCAUCGAAAUGGCGUUAGAUGAUUUACAAACUAUGGAUGCGAAAUUGAAUCUAAAUGUUUCUAAAAUAGUUAUCCCUUACGAAUUAUCUACCGAUUGCGAUCAAGCGAAGAACAUCUCAGAAGAUACCGAUGCAGUCGUCGACAGUACUCCGAAUGAACCGCAGGAUACGUCCAUUCUUACAGCGCAAGACGAGCCUUUGCAAGAUCACAUUACUGUACAAGAAGUUCACGGUAUAGAACAACCUAUCAUAAAAGAACAAACAGAUGUUCCAGAAGACGCCAACAACACGGUUAAAGAGGAAAUGUUGCAAAAGAAAUCUCCAAGCUCGGGGAUGUCUCUCAAGGAAAAACACUUAUUGUCGAGCAAAUCAAGUCAAAGUUCCCUGUAUUCGUCCGGUCCAUCGUCAUCUUCCUUGUGCCAUCUGACCGAAUUAUCACAGCCUAAACCGGAAGCACUGCGUACAACGUUGAUGUGUCUUCGACAACUUCACGGUAAAGAUGCAGAACAUCUUGUUAACAUUGAGCGUCACCUACGUGGUCUUCGCACCGGUGCAAAAACUAAAUCGUUUCGUAAAACAAAUUCCACGAACAACAACACCACACAUAAUAAGUCGAACAAAUCAACGCGUUCUCAAACGAAACUCCCGGAAACUGACGAUGAGACAGCCAUGGGUGAACGUCAAGCUUUGGAUAAAUUUGCAGCUAAUCUUUUUGCCCAUUUUGAGCGAAAGCGGGCAAUUGUAAACUAUGAAGUCGCCAAACUACAGAUGCCCGUAGAGAUGGGAUACUAUCGGGCUGCGUAUGAUGCGCUGGUCACUACAUUCGGGCAGCCCUAUCACAAGUGUACGCUCGAGUUGUAUCAACAAUUGGCCGGUGAGCUUGGUGUCGGUGCGGAAAUGUUCGUAAUGGAUAAAACACCAAAGAUUAUAAAAGUAAAUUCAUAAUCAAUCCAAAAUGCACAAAAUAAAAAAAAAGUAGAUGGUGAUGUUCCAGUAAAAUUGCGAGGACCAUAUUUCUAUCUUAAGUUAUAGAAACUGCAGAUAUCAAGAUAGUAUUUAAGUUUUAUGCCCAUUUCUUGUUGGUAAAUUAAAUUUAACAAAUCAACACUGCUUAAGACAAAACAUGACAUCUAAAAGCAACAUCUUCAUCCACUAAUAUGCUAUCUUUCACUUCUUGUACAUGUACAACAUACAGCCAACGUUGUGGUAAAAGAAAAUACCGUACAGUAGAGAUAAUUUAUACUUCAUAAUAUUUAUCUUUUUGCACCAUGGACCGCGUACCUGCGCUCGUCGCGUGGAAAUUUAUCUUCCACCAAGACAUCCCCCAGAAGAAACACAGCACAAAGGUACAACAAGACGACCAGUACAUACCCGUGUUGGGGGGGAGGGGGCGAACGUAGGGGACAUGGUUGCCAUAAAUUUUCAUUUCCUAGUUGCAGGAGAAAAGUAUGAACGAAAAGUAACACGAAACGCCCUAAGCCCAAGGGAAAACACCGUUAGCCAACAAGCCAAAAGACUUUCAGCGGAUCGCGUUUUGCUAGGAACGCGCAAGUUGCCGCAGUAGGGAGAGUUCUUCCUCCCCAAAAAAAACUGGAAACGAACAGCGAAAAAAAUCCCGUCCUUCCGAAACGCACUACGAAUCUUGCACUACAAAGAAAGCUAUCAAGCUUCCGAAGGAGUUUUGCUGUUAGCCUGCCACCGGAAGUACGGGAUAACCGAUGGAAUCAAAAAUCUUUCACACGCGAAACGUCACAAUUUUUCUGCCAAACGUAAAGAAAAAAAAACACAUGAUUGUAGAAUGAAAAAGCAUAUACUUUUCCCCGAUCCUUGUACUGCCAAAAGCAAGGAAAGACACGUUCGCACGAAACGAAACAGGAAUUAAAGCAAAAAAAAAUAGGAAAUACAAGCUUGAUAGAAGUUUCUUGCCUUAAAUAAACGAAAGCUUCCUCUAUGUACCAUCUUCAUGACUUGAGAAGCAUUCAUAUUCCACGCUCUUGCUGUAUCCUCUCUUCCCGGUGAGAAUGGAAGCUUACCAGACACACACAUCACACGGCCGGGAAAAUUCCCCGGGUUCCCAGAACAUGGGGAAAAAGCAUCCUCCAAAUACAACCGAAAGAAUAGAAAAGUGUAAAUGCGGGAAAGCUGUGAAAGCACACACCCCAAAACACGGUUGGGUCGACCGAAAAUCGACCGAUGCCGAAACAGGACGACACACCACACCAAAGGCGAAUGCCGUGCAACGACCACAUAAUCAGCCGGCUUAUGAUGAAAAACUCCAAGCAGCAGCAACCAUAGGGGAAGGAUGCGAUACACGAAUACAUAGAAGCAGCAAAACCACAGCACCAGCACUGGGAAAUUCUUGCUGGAAAAGAGAGCUGAUAUCAGCGCACUUUUUCGUGCAACCACCUUUUCUCUAAGCCAAGGCGAAAAGUUAACCCAAUACUUAAUGUUUAUGUUUUUCUAUGUGUCUCCCCACUGUCGUCAGCCUGAACUGUACGACAGCAAAACAUUCUAUACUUGCGUUUCGUUUUUUUCGUUCCCUCAACAGUACGUCGGAAUGUUUCGAACAAACUUUCUUCCCUGCCGUUGGCGCUGGAUCCCUGGGUACGUAAGGAAACAUGUCGAAGACGAAACCGCACCACCAUGCUUCAAAGCAUAGAAAACCAUGGCGCAUUAUAAAUACUACCAACCCAAGCACGAUUAAAAGAACGAGCGGCUGAUUACACUUCCCCCGGUGCGUUUCGUCCUGGUGUUCUCGUGGGAAACUGCUAGAAAAGAGCAGUUGAAUCGUAGAAACGCGGUCCAACGGUGUAUGUAUCUUUUAUUUAUUGCUCUAUUUCUUGCCCUACGUUUGUUCAACUUCAUUCCAUCGCACUGCACUUCAUUCCACGCCUAUGCAAAGGAGCUUAGCACUUGAACAGAUCCUAUCGGUUGAAGAAAAUUGGCUGUCGGUGUUUAAGUGUGAUAAGCCGGAGAAGCCAAACAAAGAAUGUGUUGAAUGAAGACGUCGGAUAGUGGACCGAAAGGGGGGGUAAAUGUUAUAUUUUUUUUACCAUAACAAUGAAAAUAGAAUAUAGUGAAAAAUAUCAACA